UGCAGUCUUUAUUAAAAGCGCUUGGCUACAGAUAACAGCUAAAGCUAUUUGUCUCAACUCAAAAUCGGAAUAGAAAAUCACACAGACCGCAACAAUGAAAGAUGUCACCGGGUACCUCAAACAACAACAGAGCAACAGCUCAACCCCAGAGAUGGCGGCAGAAUGGCAUACAUUGGAGGAGUUAUACAACAAAAAGCUGUGGCAUCAGUUGACACUGAAGAUGACAGACUUUGUAAAGGAUCCUUGCUUUGCCACAGGGGAUGGCCUCAUACAGCUUUACGAAAAUUUUCUCAGUGACUUUGAACACAGAAUCAACCCAUUGUCCCUAGUGGAGAUUAUCCUAUAUGUUACUAGACGUAUGACAGAUCCAAAAGAAGCCAUCACCUUCCUUGAGAAAACCAAGGAAAAAGUGAAAAGCAGUGAUGAAGCAGUCAUUCUGUGUAAGACGUCUAUUGGCACUCUAAAGCUAGAGAUCAGUGACCUUCCAGCAACAAAGAAAAUCAUUGAGGAAGUUGAUGAGAUGUUAAACAAUUUGCCUGGGGUAACGUCAGUCCAUGGACGCUUCUAUGACCUGUCCAGCAAAUACUAUCGCAUCGUUGGGAACCACGCCAACUACUACAAGGAUGCUCUGCGCUACUUGGGCUGUGUGGACAUCAAAGACUUGGCAGAGACAGAGAAGCAGGAAAGGGCUUUCACAUUGGGCUUGGCUGGACUCUUGGGGGAAGGAGUUUACAACUUCGGGGAGCUGCUCAUGCAUCCAGUGCUUGAGUCUUUAAGAAGCACAGACAAGCAAUGGCUUAUUGACACACUGUAUGCCUUCAAUGGGGGCAAUGUGGAGAAAUUCCAGACCUUCAAGUCUGCCUGGGGCCAGCAGCCUGACCUGGCAACACAUGAGGCUAAGCUGAUGCAGAAGAUUCAGCUCCUUUGUGUGAUGGAGAUGACUUUCACCCGCCCAGCUAACCACAGACAGCUGACCUUUCAUGAGAUCUCACAGAGUGCCAAAAUCCCUGUAAAUGAGGUUGAACUCUUGGUAAUGAAGGCUUUGUCAGUGGGCCUGAUCAAAGGCAACAUCGAUGAGGUGGACCAGAAGGUUCAGAUGACCUGGGUGCAACCAAGGGUGCUGGACCUGCAACAGAUCAAAGGCAUGAAAGAGAGGCUAGACUUCUGGUGUGGAGAUGUGAAGAACAUGGCCAUGCUGGUGGAGCAGCAGGCACACGAUAUUCUCACCUAGGCUAAGCAAACCUGGCAACCCUGCCUUUCCACCCGCCAAAAUGGCCUCACCUACCUUCAUAGGCACAACCGAGGGAAAUUACUCCUGAUUCCCCUUUGAGGAGGACUUGUGCAUCCAGCUAUUUUCAGUUUUGUAACUUUUAUUCUUUUUUGGGGGGGUUGGAUACCAUGUAUGUUCUUCAUGUGUUACUGUAAACAUUUAUAUCCACUUGCAGUACAUGUAACAAUGUUGAAUUUUGAAAAUAAAAAUGCUAGUUGAUGAAA